AUGAGGCCGCGAGUGCAGGUUAUUAUUUCGAAUAAUAACGAUUAUGAGCAUCAUAACACCCACGGCAGGUAUUCAUACCUGCACACUCCAGCAGAGCUCCAUGCUCCGACAUUUCCAAAACAGAACCCAUCGCAGAGAAUCCCCUCGGUUCCUGCGAAUGCGGCAGAACCGCCUUUUCCAACACCGUUAGACCACCGCACCCAUAGCCGCCCUUUCUCAUAUAUACCGUCAGUCAUGCAUCAUGACAUCCUGGAGAAGCCAACGUCCUCACACCCUCAUACUCAAAGCGCACCGCCAUUAUCAGAACACCCGGCACAUUUUGCUCCAUACGCAGAUAAUAUAGAAAACGCAACCCCAAAUGUCCAAAGCCAGCCGAGGAUAUCUCCGUUUCCUCAGCUCCCCCCAAAUGUCGUACUAUUCCCUACUCGGAGCCAGUUCUUGAUCAAGUCCCCAUCAGCCGCACAUGAGCAAGAAGGACGAGAAAAUGAGUUCAUAAUUGGGCCCGACAACAACCCGCUGGAAUCACAUACUACUUCGCCAGCAUAUAACCCGCGAUCUAUCACCCCAGCCUUUCGUGUGGGCCAUAUUACGAUACCAAACAAUCACGAUCUAGGCCAUGUUACAGGUCAUGUGACGCAUCCAAAUCAAGGAUUGAGAGGCGAUACAUGGGUUCAUGGACUCUGUGAUUGCUCAGAUUUCGGUACUUGCUGUCUGGGAAUAUUUUGCCCGUGUAUUCUAUACGGUCGGACGCAGUAUCGGUUGAACAGGAAAUCAGAUCUAAAGGACCCUACAAACCUACUAGGCUAUGAAACCUGCAAUGCAUCCUGCACUGCGAUGGCUCUCUUAUGCGGAUGCCAAUGGCUAAUGGCAACGAUACAACAUUCCCGCACCCGUCGUGCGUAUGCAAUACCGGGUAGCAUUCCAUCAGACUGCGUUCGGGCAACUUGCUGCACAUGCUGCACCCUCAUCCAGGAUGAGAAAGAGAUCAAAGUUCGAGAAGAAAGCGCCCGACAAAUGGUCUUGACGCCCUACCUUCCACCUAGCCAUAUGACGUUCAGUCCCCCGCCGCGCUAA